AUCCCCAUUAAUAUAAAGCUCCCCUGUCUCAACUUAGCACAUUACCUCUCUCAACUCCCUCUCUCUCUCACUCACUCACUCUGUAACAGAAGAAGCAGAAAUGGGAGAAGAGAAAACCGUCGACGAUGCCAAAUUCCGGCGAUCAAUCCGCCUAAAAUACGUCAAACUAGGCUACCACUACCUCAUCUCCAACGCCAUGUAUCUCCUCACAAUCCCCCUCCUCCUCGCCGCCGCCGCCAAGCUGUCGAUGACGCAGGUGGAGGAGCUCCAGCAGCUCUUCAGCUACCACCUCCGCUACAACGUGCUGGCCGUCCUGGCCAGCACGUCCCUCAUCGCGGUCCUCGCCACCAUCUACCUCAUGAGCCGCCCGAGGAAGGUCUACCUCGUCGACUUCGCCUGCUACAAGCCCGACCCCUCCCUCGAGUGCACCCGCCACAUGGUGGCUGAAAAGGUGGCCGCAAUUGUCAGUGAUGAGAGCGCGGCCUUCAUCCGGAAGGUUCUAGAGAGGUCUGGGCUGGGGGACCGGACCUACGCCCUCGGCCUCAAGGACUUCCCGCCAAAACGGCCGUUUGAGUGCGCGCAGGAGGAGGCGGAGAUGGUGAUAUUUGGGUCGAUCGACGCGCUAUUUGCGAAGACAAAGGUGAAUGUGAGGGAUAUAGGGAUUUUGGUGGUGAAUAUCUCCUCCUUCAACCCGAUUCCGUCGCUGGCCUCGAUGAUCAUAAACCGGUAUAAGCUCAGGGGCGAUAUCGUCAGCUGCAAUUUGGGCGGGAUGGGCUGCAGCGCGGGCCUCAUUUCGAUUGACCUUGCCAAGCGCCUUCUGCAGGUGCAACCAAACACAUACGCCCUAGUAAUGAGCAUGGAAUGCAACACCCACAUCUACUACGCCGGCAAGGAGCGAUCCAAGCUCCUCCCCAACUGCCUCUUCCGCAUGGGCGGCGCGGCCGUCCUCCUCUCCAACAAGCCCUCCGACCGCCGCCGCUCCAAAUACGAGCUCUCCCACACCCUCCGCACCCACAAGGGCGCGGACGACCGCUCCUACAAGUGCGUGGUCCAGGAGGAGGACCCCGAGGGCCACCUCGGGAUCUCCCUCUCCCGCGACCUCAUGACCGUCGCGGGCGAGGCCCUCCAGACCAACAUCACCACCCUCGGCCCCUUAGUCCUCCCCAUGUCCGAGCAGCUCCUCUUCCUCGCCACACUCAUCGCGAAGAAGCUCCUAAAGAUGAAGGUCAAGCCCUACGUGCCCGACUUCAAGCUCGCGUUCGAGCACUUCUGCAUCCACACGGGCGGGCGGGGCGUGCUGGACGAGCUCGAGAAGAAUCUGAAUUUGAGCAAGUGGGACAUGGAGCCUUCUAGAAUGACCUUGUAUAGGUUCGGGAACACGUCGAGCAGCUCGCUUUGGUACGUGCUGGCGUACGCGGAGGCGAAGGGGAGGAUCAAGAGGGGCGAUCGGGUGUGGCAGAUUGCGUUCGGGUCGGGUUUUAAGUGCAAUAGUGGCGUGUGGAGGGCACUGAGGACCGUUGAUCCGGCUAAGGAGAAGAGCCCGUGGAUGGACGAGAUCGAUGAGUUUCCGGUUCAUGUGCCCGUGACUAGCCCUCUUCGACCUUGAUUCGUGUCUUCAAUUUUAGAAAAAUUUGGUUUUACUUAAUAAUCAAAUUAAGAGAUGUGGUUGUGUUCCUUUUCUUGUCUUUUUUCGUUUCUUGAUGAUGAAGUAAGACGCGGUUAUGAGCUUAUUAUCGUAGGUCUCGGAACAAGUUGAUAGAAUCCCCUUUGUUAAGAUAACAAAAAGGAAAUGUUAGGUCAUAGGGUUGGGAAAGUACCAUGUUCUUGCAAAUUGAUUUUAUAUAUAAAUGUGGGUGUUAAUUUUUCAA